AUGGCGCAUGUUGCGACGCCGUCGAGACUGAGGGAGGAGUUUGGGAUAACAUUCAGUCAUCAACGAUUCAAACUGGGAUAUCGCCAUUCUGAUCAAGAGCUGAAUCUUAAGAAAAGGAUGUGGAGAGCUGCAAGAUGUACAUAUCUAGCAGCAUGGAAAAAGGAGUUGAUGGAAAUCCGAGCCACUAGUGAGGGUGCCUAUCGACACUUGAUAGGAAUUCGUCCAAAGUAUUUGACUAAAUCAAGGUUUGAAUUCUAUCCUAAAUGUGACGCUCUUGUCAAUAAUAUGUGUGAAAGCUUCAACUCUGCAAUUGUUGAAUCAAGGGAAAAAUCAAUAUUGACAAUGUUAGAAUAUAUUAGAGUUUAUUUGAUGAAGAGAUGGGCUGAAAAUAGGGUACUUAUUGAGAAGUAUAAGGAUGAUAUUCUUCCUAGGAUUAAGUUUAAGUUACAAAAGGAAAUAGAUGCUUCUAGGUGGUGGUUUCCGGUUGCUGCCAAAAUUUUAAAAUUUGAAGUCAUAAGAGGCAGGGACAAAUUUGUAGUAGAUCUUCUGAAGAAAGAAUGUACUUGUAGAAAGUUUCAAAUGACAGGUUUACCUUGUCCACAUGCAGCUAGUGCAAUUAAUUGUGCUAAAGAUGAUAUUCGAAAAUAUGUUGCAAGCUGUUACACUAAAGCUUCUUAUGUGGCUUGUUAUACCCCAUGA